AUGUCUCAGCAGCCACCUCAGGAGCAAGGCCAAGCCCCCGCCGAUGCCAACAUCGGCUGGCAGGAGCUCAAGUCCAGCACUGGCCAGACCUACCGUGUCAAGGCCGCCGAUUACGACAUCGGAAACAAGCCCGAAGACGAGAACAACAUCGUCGCCGCCAGCGGACCCAAGUUCCCCGCCGUCAAGGUGCACUGGGAGGUUGGCACUUCCGGCAACACAGACGAUGAGACCCGAGACCGUACGGCUAUCACUUGGUACAAGCUCGAGAAGGCGCCAUGGUACUCUCCCAAGCAGUGGAGGCUCACUAUUGCCUGUGAGGACACAUACAACUAUCGAUUCUUUGACGAAGAGCCCGACUAUUACGACCUCAAUGUGUGGCUGACCAGUGGCACCCACUGGGUUGAGUACGACUCGGAAAGACCCACCAUCGUCAGCGUCUCUGGCAUCUGA